UGUGUGUGUUAUCUCUUGCGUUAUUCAUGUUCCCGUGCGCGGGCAGGAGAUCAGAAGCUAGCCGACAGCUAGCUACCAAUUUAUAACAAAAUGCAUAUCUUUUCUCCAGCCGACCGAAAGCCCUAGGAGCCAAAUAAAUGCAUAUAUGAAACGGUGAUGUUUAUGGGGGGUUUUUGGGAAACCGCGGGAGAAUUUUCCCCCAUUUUAAUGACCCGCAAAUCCCAAUUUUUUCGGCCCCCGGAGCCACAGAGCUCGAACAAGAGAGCCUCCGAGCUCCGUGUGCGGAUGUGAACAGCGGACCUGGUGUUAUUUCAGGGGGACUAGCUAACCUACGACAGACUGGCAGUUCAUCGGGGAUACUCUGAAAGCCCCAGAUACCACCUGAAGGUCAAGAAUAAAGUGAAAGUAGUGGAUUUUUUUUCCAUCUCCUGUUCCUGUCCUCAAAUCCUCUUCAGUGUCACUUGCUUAAAUGGAUUGGGCCACGCCAGCUGCCAAAUUGAAUCCCUACACCCGAGCCCGCAUGACAGAGGCCUGGCAGCAGCAUGCUGUCGCUCCACCUCCGGUCGUCCACACCAUCGCUCCAGGAGCUGAGAACGCUUUGGGCUGUGCCGUGUAUGGUAUCGUACUGCAGCCGGAUGCUACGUCUCUACAGCAGCAGCAACAGACUCAGCAUGGACAGCACAGCCAGCACAGCCAGCAACACAGUGGGAGUCAGCAGCAUGGAGGCGGGCAGCACAGUCAGCAGCAACACCCUGCCCAGGCCCAGCAGACCUCCCUGCAGGUAGGGACUGAGGGACACAAGUGUGGGGCCUGUGGACACGAUAUCUCCCACCUCGCCAACCCCCAUGAGCACCAGUGCAUGGUGAGUCAGGACAGGUCUUUCCAGUGCACCCAGUGCAUGAAGAUCUUUCACCAGGCCACAGACUUGCUAGAACACCAGUGUGUUCAGGUGGAACAGAAGCCCUUUGUGUGUGGGGUGUGUAAGAUGGGCUUCUCUUUGCUUACCUCUCUAGCCCAACACCACACAUCCCACAACAGCGCUAAUCCGAUGAAGUGUUCAAUAUGUGAGAAGACCUACCGACCUGGUUCUUCUGGCAACGUGACACCCAACUCAUCAAACAAUCCCCAGCAGCCCAACAGCGAUGGGGCCAGCAGCAGCUCAUCCAUCCUACCCUUCCCCUCGGCCCGAGACCGGCCGUACAAAUGCUCUGUUUGCCAGAAGGGCUUCAAACACCUGUCAGAACUCACGCGGCACGAAAGGGUGCACACAGGAGAGAAGCCCUUUAAAUGUGACACAUGCGACAAGGCCUUCAGCCAGUCAUCACACCUACAGCACCACCAGCGAACACAUAGCAACGAGCGCCCGUUCAAGUGUGCGGUUUGUGAAAAGAGUUUCAAGCACCGCUCCCACCUGGUGCGCCACAUGUACGUGCACUCCGGUGAGCACUUGUUCAAGUGCAACUUAUGUGAGCUGCACUUCAAGGAGUCGUCAGAGCUCCUUCACCAUCCCUGCCACCCGCAGGGUUCCCGCCCGUUCCGCUGUGCCACUUGCGGAAAGGGUUUUAAGCGGCCGUCUGACCUUCGCCAACAUGAGCGCACGCACUCGGAAGAGCGUCCUUUUCACUGUGACGAGUGUCAAAUGAGCUUCAAGCAGCAGUAUGCACUGGUGCGCCACCGACGCACACACAAAGACCCUACUGACCGGCCGUUCAAAUGCAAUCUGUGCGACAAGGGCUUCAUGCAGCCCUCUCACCUCCUCUACCACCAGCACGUCCACGGCAUGGACAACCUGUUUAAGUGCGCCUCAUGCCAGAAAGAAUUCAGCCAGUCAGGAGAGCUGCUCAGGCACAAGUGCGGCGAGUCGUCCAACACCUCGCCCGACAAGCCGUACAAGUGUGACGUUUGUGGCAAGGGCUACAAGAAAAGUUCAACGUUACAGCGCCAUCAAAACUCUCACUGCCAGGAGAAGCCCCUCAAAUGCUCGCUGUGCGACCGCCGCUUCCUGUCCUCCUCUGAAUUCGUCCAGCACCGCUGCGACCCGUCGCGGGAAAAGCCACUCAAGUGUCCUGACUGUGAGAAACGUUUCAAAUACUCAUCAGACCUGAACAGACACCGGCGCGUGCACACGGGAGAGAAGCCGUACAAGUGCGACCACUGCAACAAGGGUUUCAAACAGCGUGAACACCUGACCAAACACCAGAGCACGCACUCUAGAGAGGGCCAAUUCAAAUGUGUUUGGUGCGGUGAGCGUUUCAGUGACUUGGGCUCUUUGCAGGAUCACACGGUGCAGCACACGGCAGACGGCGGGGGUUACCCUGUGCCCCAGUGCAUAUAAACCCUUGGAGACUUUAUUACCUUGAACAGACAGUCUCCCUAAACCCCCCUGUCCUCUUGUCUAUCCAUUGUAGGCGAUUUAUUCUGCCUAACAUUCACCACAUUUGCAGGACUGUCCUGGGUAUUAUUACUGCAUAUUUCUACCAGUUCUACAUCAGGUCUUUGUUGCUCUACUGACCUUUCCAAAGCUAUUUAGUACUCCGACCCUGUUAUUCCAUACAUUUUUUUCUGUCCCUGCACUUUCCUUUUUGUCACACCCCUUUACCUUCUUAAACCUCUCAGCUCCACGUUCAGACAGCUGAUGGCAGUGAAGAGGCCACAACCACUUCACCAUCAUCAGUCAUGCUUACUUACUGCCAGUCUUGUCGGUCUGUUGGGUACAGACACAGGUGCCAUAACGCAGGUAAAUCUAGUAAACACUUGCUUCCUUUGAAACGAUCCUAAGUCAGACAGUCAUUGUUUUAUGUCUUUCGAACAGUUUGGAAGUAAGUAUGUUCAAGUCUCGACUAAGUAAGCACCAGAAGGAGAUCAUUCCUUUUGUUUUGUUUUUUUCUUUCCCCCCCCUCUCUCCCUUUCUUUCUCCGACGACAUCUGUUCCCCUCUCCAUCCAUCAUUCUUCUUCUCAUGUCUGCUUUCUUUUGCCUCCUCCUCGUCCUGUCUCAGCCCGUCGCUGUUUAGUAUCAGAGGACUGGAAAGUUUGACAAACCCCUUCAGACACACACACACACGCACUCGUACUCAUUCGUCUCUGGUCAGGUAAAGGAUGACUUCAAGUUUUUUUGGUUCUCAACUCCCCGCAGCAAUACAGAAACCCUUUUUUUUUUUUUUUUUUUUUUUUUUUUUAGCCUAUAAUCUCGCUCUAACCCCCCUGCCUCCGCACCGCUCUGGGUUUUAGUAUUUUGAUGCUACUCAUGAAUGAAGUACCUGAAGCUCCUCAACUUAGAAAGCUCUUUUUUUUUCCUACUAUCAUAUGUGAAGGGAAACAGUAUGGAGAAGUUUGGGGAUUUAUUGUCCUAUAGUGAAAUAAUUUGGGUGAUAAAAUGUCUGUGAGUGUAUGUACGGGACAUUAUUAUUAUUGUUUUUUUAGCCCACCCUCAUCUGUACCAAACACCAGUAUGAAACAGUACCCCAUCCCAAACCGGCCAGCUGAAGCUAACCAUGAAUUAAAAAAAAAAAACAACCCAUAAUGGUCGAUACCAAUCUCACCCUUCAGUUUAGACAUACAGUACAUAGAAAUAUAUAUUUUACACUAAUAUACCUGUGAUAUUCCUGCAGAGAUCAGCGCUGUUAGACUGCGUGUACUGAAAAUGUCCAAGUUCGAACGUUACACUUCCUCUCUCAGCCUGUACAUACUAUGGAUGUAUGUGACUUGAGUGUACUUAGCCAGAUGAGUUGGAAAUUUGUCUUUCUUAGAAAAAAAAAAAAAUGUAUUGAAGAACUGUUUUUUGUAUACUUGCUACUUUUUACCAUGUGAAAUGUUUUGACAAAUGCUCUUUUGUUGUUUUUGUAGUUCCAUGUAUUGAUUGUAUCGGUAUGUUGCAGGGAAUCUCCAAGAGCAACCUGUGUGUGUGUGUGUGUGUGUGUGUGAAUGUAUAUGUGGUAUUCUCUCAAACAGGGAAAUGCAGACUGAAGAGAAUUGUAUUAGAAAUGUUUCAACAGACCUGCGCCUUUUUUUUUUUUUUUUUUUUUAAAACAUUUACUAACCUUCUGGGUCUGUCGGAGAGCUGUUUUUGCAGGACGAACCUGCACCUCAUGUUGAAUAUUUUCCAUGUUUUUGAAAGAAUUAUUGAUGCUGUUUUCCUGUUACACGUUGCGUUGAGCUGGACGUUGUGUUUGCCAGGGUGGGUUUAUACCAGAGUGAAUGACGCCUUCCUCUUUUGAAUGCUUUGAUAUUCAAGUUGUGCUUAAGAUGCCUGGAACACCAGUUGGUUUACAUGUCAGCUGCGAUCACCAUUAUUCCUUUUUUUUUUUCUUAUUCAUCUGGCGAGCUGUUCCUGCUCUUUCCUCUCCCGUUUGCUCUUGAUUCAUAGUUUGAGUGCAGUAUUGAAAAGUAUUUAAUACAAAUGGAGGAGGCCAAGAACAGAAGUAACAUUUUUAUAUUCUGGCGUUUAAUUUUCUUUUUUUUGUUUCAGCCUUAAAACGGGGGCCGCUGUGCCUCUCUCUCUCUCUGCCUCUUCUGCUUUCUGUCUCUGUCCAUCAUCAUCAUCAUCAUCAUAAUGCGAGGUCAGAUGGCUGAUCUCAUCAGCCAUCAUAUUUUUAUUUUUGUUUUCUCUGAAUCUGGCAUUACAAGACUUUGAGAACAACUGAACUUAAAGUAAGCGAUAAGUACUGUAUGUUUUUUUUUUUUUUUUAUGGUUUCACAUUUGUUUAUAUUAUUUUUUUAUUCCUAUUCUUUAAAUUUAUAUGGAUAUCUAUAUUCCUAGAGGGAGAGACCAGGGCCUUGUGGGUAGGUGUGGCUGCAUUUUUUACAAUGUAGAAUUGUUUUCUAAGGCCAAAACACAGAAGAAAAAAACCAUCUCUGCACAAAUAAUCCUGACGGGUGGUGAUGUAAAAGGUGAAUAAUCGCUAAUAACAAACACAUCAGGGAAUGAAAGAUGGUGGGUCACAACCGUUCAUGUUUGCCAAGAGCUACAAGUGCCGGAGGACUUUCUUUAAACUUGUUAAUUGGUGCUGACACAUCAUCAGAUGUGCAUAAUGACAAAACACUCCAGGUGCAGGAUAAAAACCUAACAGGACCUCACUUACUGUAUAGUAAUGACAGUAGACUUAACCUGUGUAAUAAUAAUAAUAAUAAUAAUAAUACAAGUGUAUGUUCAAAGCCAAAGAAUAAUUCCAGCUCAGCAGCGAUGGUAUAGUUGUUAGUGUUUAUCAGUCAGUGUAUUAUAGAGUAACGUUCAGGUGGGUGAAACAGUAACGGACCAACGUGGAAACGCAGCGAGGAAGUGAGUGUAAGUGUUAGCUGCACCUGAAAAAAAAAAAGAGUCACAUCUUGAUCGAUUCUGGGUUUUAAAAAAAGUCAUCUCAUAUCCAACAGGCAGGCGGUGUAAGGAGAGGAAAUCUCCUGUAUAAGCACAAAUGACUAAAUCCACCCUUCUGCUUUUAAACUGAUAGUCGGGGGGGAAAAAAAAAAAAAAAGAAAAAUCAGUUUCUGCACCAGUUCACCCACCCACCAUCCUUUCCCCUCCUCUUUUCAGUUCCAGUGCAAAAAACCCAUCAGACCCUGGUGUCUCUUGCUCUCUGCAUGCUUGCUGUGUUAGUUCCUGUGUUCUGUCCCUGGGAACUGGUGCUUCCCCCCCCCCCCCCCCCCCCCCCCCCCCUCCUCCCCUUCCUCCUCCUCCCUCCUCCCUCCUCACAGCACUGUUCCCUCCUAUAGCUUUUUCAAAUUGUAUUGUAGUUUAUGUGAAUGAUGUUCGGAAAAAAAAAAAAAAAAGGAAAAGAAAAAAAACUUUGUGGCGACGUACAGUACGUGUACAUUCAUGCUAAGAUUACCUGUAUGUAUGUAGCAUUCAAUUACACAGCACUAACAAAUAAAACCUUUUUUUCAUUUAUAGA